UAAAGAAGUGCGUUUGGAUGGUUGGAUGGAGGUGGGGGACGACACCGGGAUAAUCUGGUUACAUAAGAAGCCAUUGAAUUUGCAGAACGUCUCUGCACUAAUCCGCUGAACCAUUCAUGUUCAAGCGUCCCGCGGCGCCACAACACACACACUCACCAGGGCACACAUUGCGCGCACACUUGUGGCUCCAAAAGGCUACAGACGCGCCGCAGAGGACACCGGAGCGCACGAUAUAAGAGUUAAAAACAAACGUGCAUAUCUUUCCACAUUUACGCGCGUCUCUGCAGGAGCUUGCUGUGUCCUCAUGUCGCGACUGGCGGCUUGUGCUGCUGGAGCCCGUGACGAUUCCGCUGACGCGCCACUCGCCGCACCACCCAGGAGACAGAGAGGAGAGCUGUGAGCAACGGAACGAGCAGUGGACUGACUGGACACCGGGCUUCUCCUCUCGCCUUUUCUUUUCUCUCUCCUCUCCUGCUGUCGCGCAAGUCGCUGCGGUUUUUCUUCUUCUGGGACGACAUUUAACGCGCAGUUCACCCAGUAAAGCAUCACCCAGAGCUAACCUUCUGCAGAGAUGGAGGUACCAGGCUUGGCGCACAACAUUACCAGUCCGCUAAGUCCCUGCGAGGGAUGAUCAAGGACCUGAGCUUGGACGCCAUACAGUUAUGCGAGCGCGAUGGAAGUAAAUCCCAGGAUGGCAGCAUCUCUGAGAUGGAGGAGCUUCCUGUUCCACAGAACAUCAAGAUCAGCAACAUCACCUGCGACUCCUUCAAGAUCUGCUGGGACAUGGAGGCUCGCAGCAAGGAGCGCAUCACGCACUACUUCAUUGACCUGAACAAGAAGGAGAACAAAAACUCAAACAAGUUCAAACACAAGGACGUUCCUACCAAGCUCGUGGCCAAGGCAGUGCCGCUGCCCAUGACGAUCCGAGGCCACUGGUUCCUGAGCCCACGCACAGAGUACACUGUGGCCGUCCAAACUGCAUCAAAACAGACUGACGGAGACUACGCUGUCUCCGAGUGGAGUGAGAUCAUCGAGUUCUGCACUGCCGAUUACUCCACAGUGCAUCUAAACCAGCUGCUGGAAAAGGCGGAGGUCAUCGCCGGGCGGAUGCUGCGUUUCUCCGUCUUCUAUAGAAACCAGAAUAAAGAGUAUUUCGACCACGCCAGGGAGGAGCAGGAAAACCGGAUGCUGCCGUCAGUGAAAGACAACAGCGGCAGCCAUGGAUCACCCAUCAGUGGCAAGCUGGAGGGAAUUUUCUUCAGCUGCAACACAGAGUUCAACACAGGCAAGCCUCCACAAGACUCCCCGUACGGUCGCCAUCGCUUCGAGGUCCGCGCCGACACGCUCUUCAACCCUGACACCAACCUGUACUUUGGAGACUUCUACUGCAUGUACACGGCCUACCACUACGUCAUUCUGGUCCUGGCACCCAAGGGCUCCAGCGGCGAUGACUUCUGUAAGCAGAGGCUGCCUGCACUCGACAUCACCAACAACCGUUUCCUCACCUGCAAACAGGACGAAGAAGGGGAAGGCAGUCUGGUGUUUCACCACGCCCAGGACGUCAUCCUGGAGGUGAUCUACACAGAGCCUGUAGACCUGGCGUUGGGCACGGUGGCGGAGAUCAGCGGGCACCAACUGAUGAGUCUGUCCACGGUAAACGCCAAGAAGGACCCCAGCUGCAAGACCUGCAACAUCAGUGUGGGACGCUAAAGAGACGGCAGGAUGCAAGCGAGGGAGAGAAGGACUGGAGGUGACUGACCUCUGCACACACAAAGGAAGUCCACAUGUACUGAUGAAGCAGACCAACACAUGCAUGAAGCAGCAGAUUUAGUAGGCUCCCAGACAUGCACACCGACAUAUCUCUGACACUGCUCUGUACUCUCAAGAGACCAUCAUUCCCAAAGAAGAGUGGAGGGAAAAAAAAGAGGGAGGUACACACUGACACCUGCACCAUCGUCUCCUCAUCUGAAAAAGGUUCCCCUACUGUUGAAAACAUACCUAAAGAUAUCCCACUGAAGGGGCCAAGAACUGAGAAAUGUAAACCUGGGACACCACCACAUCCAUCCGGCAAGUCACACUGGCAAACUGACCAAACCCUUUAACUGUACUAAUGAACACGGGCUGCUUCAACUUCCUGUUUAUUUUAAUCAGUUGUCCCAUAAUUUAUUAAUGACCUUUGCCUUGUUAUUAUUGAUAUGCUGUUAACUAAGCGUCCACUACCUGGUGGACGAGAAUUUUGUUGUUCCCUAUUACAUUGACGAUUUGUCUUUUUAGAAAUGUUUUCUCAUUCCACAGUUGACAAAUUCAGACUUCUUUUUACCUCCUACUAGUGGCAUGGACUGGUACUACAAUUUUCUAGGGCUGCAGCAUCGAUAGUCAUCUUUGUUUAUACCAAAGUUAUUAAAAAGCAGACAUUAAACCGCUGUGGGAUCCUAACAGUUACUAAUGCAACAGCCUCUAAAAUGUCUUUGAUGACCAAGUGUGAACUACUUGUUAACUUGUCGUUCUUUUUAAAAAAAAAAAAAAAGAAGCAUGAUGCAGUUCUGUGCAGCAUGAUUAUGAAAGCUGUCAGUACCUCUACCAUAGCAACUUUUUCUGCAGCAGUCACUCUCAUUUUACUGUCGUCAGUGGAAAGAAAGAAAGUAGAACCAUAAACUGUGUUUAGCAGAAUAAAUGUGAAAAAAUAUUUAUUUUUAUUGAUACAUUCAUAUAUAUAUAGAUAUAUAUAGAUAGAAAACUAUAUAAACCAGAAGUGCACAAUGUCAAAAGCUCUGAUCAUUGUCAACAACGGCAUUUAGGGGGGAUUAACUUCAUACAGGCAAAAAGGGGGAAUAACACGAAUUUAACAGCAGAUAUAAUUUGCACUACGAUGCCUACGUUCACCAACAUCCACAUAUUUCCGAGGUGAACACGUUGACAGUCACAAUUUAGAUCACCUAUGAAAUUCUUAAUGCAUAUCAUAGCACAAUGUAGGACAAAAAAAACUGACAUGCACAAACACUGCAGGAUUGUCUCACUGAUUGCAUUUAAGCUUACACAUUUUUUGCCAAGAUAGUACUUUGCAAAAUGCAGUUUCCACAUUAACUAUGGACAAAGUUGUCCAAAAACAGUAUUCUGGCAAGGAAAAACUGAGUAACAAAGUGCCAUAAAAUACAUGAAGUAAUCUUAAAAUGACUCAGAUGUAACUAACAUCAUGUUGUUACAGCGCUUCAUCUUUGACAUAGAUUUGUACUACAUAAUGUACACUUGCUACAUCAGGUUUAUAAAAACGUGUCAUGAAUGAUAAAGGAAGUGUUGUUGGGACUAAAAAAAAAAAACCUUACCCAGCAUUUCAUUCAGAUUGUCACCGAUUUCCACCAGUUUUCUUCAUGUAAAGUGCAUCUACAUAAUGAGCAUGGCAUGAAACAAGUCCAGACCCUCCAGCGCCACGACUUAAUUCUUCAAAAAAUGAUCGAUUCCUGUUAAGUUAAAUAAAAGUCCCACUGUGAGCAACUCAGCUUGUCUUGGUUGAGUCCUGUUUACUGAGCAGGGCCUCCAGUAGACGGAGCUUCGCUUUGAGGUUCUUGUACUGGCAGUACUCCUCUGCCAUUGGUCCACGGUCCUCUUUCUGACAAGCCCUGUUAAUGUACGGAGGAGAGUAGAUGCAAACAAAAGGCAAAACUUUUAUUUUGUAGUUACCAAACAACCUGCAGCAGCUUCCAUAACUGGUUGAUAGUCCCUAUGUUGCCUUACUCAGAUAGCUUUGUACAGUGUGUAUUGUAAUCAAAAACUUACUGUAUCUACUUUGGAGGACUAACAUGUACAGUGCAAAGGAUGUGUACAGUUCAGAGCAAACGUCUAUCUCUUCGUCUCUUUCCUGAGCUCUCUGUGCUGGAUUAACGUUACAUGAGUGUGCAUUACACUGUCGUACCAUUACGAUGGAAUUUCUUUUGUGGAUGUUUUUUUCUUUGUUUUUCACAAGGCAUUGUUGAAAACCAAAUGUUCCAAGUUUAUUAAAAGACAAAAUAAAAUGCAAAAGCGAAGUACUUUG